AUGGCUGAAGUUAACCCCGACCAGCCCACCGCCGAGAUCCUAUUCAAGGUCAUUGCCGAGAGAAGACUUGCGACCGACCCACAGACCCUCAAGGACUUCUUCUUCGACCGCUGUAUCACCACCAAGGGCCAGGAGAAGCUCCACGCCUUCGACUACAACCAGUACAUUUGCAACCCCAACGACGUCGACGCGGAGCUCGCCGCACACGCCGAAGAGAUCAUGGGUGCCCUCGCCGGUCCCGUUGACGACGAUGGAUACAUGGCUCGCAUCCCUGUCUUCAUGUGGGGUCAGGCUCGCCUCCGCCACAAGAAGGAGGCGCUCGAGGCGAAGGGCGAGUAUGUCCGCACCGUUCACGGCACGCGCUUCAGCUCGGUGCCCAACGUGGAGCCAGGGGGACCUCCCGCGGCUGGCCACGCCAUCUUCUGCCCUGAUGGCUUCAAUGGCGUGCCCCUUAGCGAGAUCACCCGCGCUAUGCAGAAUAUCCCUGGUGUGACUCCCCAAGACCUGCCCGCCAUGCAGAUCUGGUUCUUCACUCGUUGCAAGUCCCACGACCAAGCCUUCAAUCUCCUCCGCAUCUACCAGACCCUCCUCAUCGACCUCGACUUCACCCCGCGCGAGAUCGAGGACUGGCUGGCGCAGGGCCAUCUCGGCCGCAACAUCGUGAUGCACUUUGAGAAUAACCUAGGCGAAAUCCCAGAGUACCUGAUGAUGUGGUUGAUGGCGCACAUCUGGAUCUUUGGUCUCGAGCCCGGUGCCGCGCUGCAGGAGGAUGUGCCCGUCUUCAAGUUCUCGGUUGAAGAUAAGGAGUUUUUGGGGCAGUCGUUGGCGCGUGUGAGGGCUGUGACGGAGCCGAAGGGAUUUCUGGAAAUGUGGCUAUUGGGUCCGGAGGAGGAGGAGGAGGAGGAGUAUCCUUUGACGUGUGAGCGGCGCCUUGAGCCCGAUAAUUGGAAGAAGUUGUACUCGAGCUGGGAAUGGCGGCAGAAGAUCGCGGACAUGUGGUAUCGCUCGCCGCGGAAGGAUUGGAUGAAGAAAUGA